AUUUUUAAGUAGUAGUGGGAAAAACGUGGAAUUUUUAUAAUUUAGGAAACCGUUAGGAAAUAUUUUUACAGACAGAGAUUGCCGAAACCAACGGAAAAAUGGGGAUUCCUCUGAUGUUGGCUGUUUUAUUUACCCUAUCAGAUUUAAAUUUAGCUCAGUACUGUGAAAAAAACAAUGAAGAAGAAUGGAGUUAUCACGGUUCUAUUAAUGGCCCCAAGGAAUGGAGAGAGUUUUACCCAGAAUGCGACAGCGAGAGAGCUUCUCCAAUACGGUUGUACACCGAUAGGAUGGAAAACGACAGAAACCUUACAAAGCUGAUUUUCAUUCAGUAUGACGUUCCCAUUCACCGAGCCGAAAUGGUAAACGAUGGACGCACAGUGACCUUAACUCCUCGAGAUAGUAUCAAACGAGGGGUUUUGGUCGAAGGUCAAGAAUUCACUCUUCAAUAUCUGCAGUUCCAUUUUGGCUCCACUGACAGACCAGGAGCAGAGCACACCAUCAACCACAUCAGAUAUCCCAUGGAGGUUCAGUUUGUGCAUAAAAAUGGGGCCAACGAAUUCGCUGCUGUAUCUCUGCUUGUGGAUGUAAGCGACCAUCUUCAGAUUGUCAAGCACCACUCCAUAGGAUUCUACUUCCUCAUGACAUCAGUAUAUGCCCAAAUGGAAAGCAACCCCGCAUUCGAUCCAAUACUGGAAGUUCUGCCGGAAGUGACUUUCAAAGGUGACUCUACGAAGCUGCGAUCUCCCCUCCAUCUGAAUGCCCUUUUGCCUGAAAACCCGGCAUCCUUCUACCGAUAUUACGGAUCUUUGACCACACCACCCUGUGACAGAGCUAUAUGGUCUGUCUUGAGGACAACAACUUGUCUUGGACGGCAUCAACUGGAUCUCUUUCUGGGACUCUACUCAGUAAGGAGAGAAGAUGCAAGUCCUGAAUGCCUGAUGGGGGAGAACUACAAACCUGCAGAGAAUCCUCGAGAGGUUUUAGCUUCCCAAUAGAAGAACCUUUCCGUACCUCAGGAAUGAUACAUAAAAUUUGCUGAGAAAUAAUUUGAUAAUUUUACCCUACUUUGAAAACUAUAUAUGUUUUAUAUGUAAGAAAAUUUCGAUAAUAAAAAAUUACCUUUCUUUA